AUGACUUCAACCCAGAACUCUGCAAUGCGAACGCAGAAACCCAACCGUACCCAUGAGAAGGCCCCGGUAGCUAUCGCUCAUCAUGUCGAGGCAGAUGCCGCGGCUACGGCUUUGGUAGCUGCUACGGCAGUGAUGAAACCCAGGCUGUUCUCAUCCGGAAUGGUCCGGCUUUGGAUCAUUUGUUUCUUUGGCUAUAUGGUAUCUACUAUCAAUGGAUUCGAUGGCUCCCUUAUGGGUAGCAUCAACGCCAUGGAACAGUAUCAAAAGGCGUUUGGUCUCGACGGGGCGGGAGCAAGCACGGGAAUUGUCUUUAUCGUCUAUAAUCUAGCCCAACUGGUUGCUUUCCCCCUCUGCGGCUUACUAGGGGAUGGAUUGGGUCGACGUAAGACGCUUGCAAUCGGAUGUUUGUUUGUUAUCAUUGGAACUGCAAUACAGACCCCUGCACAGACAAUGGCCUGGUUCAUCGGUGGCAGAGCUGUGCUCGGGUUCGGUGCAGCAGUUGCCCAAGCGGCAGGACCCGUUUACAUUGUCGAAAUCGCACACCCCUCUUUUCGUGGGAUCAUGGGCGGCAUGUAUAACAAUUUUUGGUGGAUCGGAAAUAUUCUCGCAAGCUGGACGACUUAUGCCUGCAAUAAGACCAUCGACAGCAGUUGGGCAUGGCGAAUCCCAACUUUGGUCCAAUGCUUCAUGCCUGCAAUCGUGCUCGUCGCUGUGUUUUUCUUUCCUGAAUCUCCUCGGUGGCUGAUUGCCAACGACCGACUUGAGGAAGCAGAACUAUUUUUCGCCAAGUAUCAUGCCGAUGGCGAUGCUACUGCACCAAUCGUACAGCUUCAGGUAGAUGAGAUUGUGCAACAAAUGCACACAUUCCGUGACGACAACCCUUGGUGGGACUUCCGCGAGCUAUUUAACAGCCGCCAAGCUCGAUAUAGGACAUUCAUGGUCGUUUGCAUGGCCUUUUUUGGUCAGUGGAGUGGUAAUAAUGUGGUGUCUUACUUCAUGCCUCUGAUGCUGAAGCAGGCUGGGAUUACCAACACUUCUACUCAGUUGCUUCUGAAUGCGAUCAACCCCAUAUUCAGUAUGAUCGCUGCCAUUUUUGGAGCCACAUUACUUGAUAAGCUAGGCCGUCGAAAAAUGCUGCUCGGUGGUCUAUUCGGAGCACUUGGGUCAUAUAUCAUGCUGACCAUCUUCACUGCAGAGGCAUAUGAUAAUAAGAGUCUAGUUUACGGUGUCGUCAUAUCAAUCUAUCUUUUCGGCAUAUUCUUUGCUGGAGGCUGGACGCCGUUGCAGGUCUUGUACCCAGCCGAGUGUCUCGAGAAUCGUACUCGUGCCAAAGGCUCCGGCAUGAAGUUUCUGUUUUUGAACAUCGCCAAUAUGACUAACACCUUUGGUGUCGCAGUCGGCAUCGGUGUGAUUGGCUGGAAGCUCUAUCUCGUCUUUAUUGGGUGGUUGUGCUUGGAGAUCGCAGUUGUCUUCUUUUUCUUUGUUGAAACGGCUGGAAAGACGUUGGAGGAGCUGGAGGUGGUUUUUAACGCAGGGAACCCUGUGAAAAAAAGCUUAGAGAAGUCGCAUGUCACAUUCAUGCCGGAUGGGCAGAUGAAAGUCGACAGUAUGGAGCAUGUCUGA